AUGUCCGACGACUUCUCUUUCGACUCUCCCUUCAGCCCGUCCAACUCCUCCAAUGUUAAUGACGGUGUCCUCGGUGACUCCAUCUUCCCCGAAUGGACCAACGGCCGGGGCGACAGCCCCGAUGAGAUGCAAAGGAAAGAUCCGCUCGCUGCUCAGAUCUGGAAACUUUACACCCGCACGAAAUCUCAAUUACCCAACGCAGAGCGCAUGGAGAAUCUCACGUGGCGGAUGAUGGCCAUGAAUUUAAAGCGCAAGGAACGGGAGCAACUCGCUCGCGGGGAGAUCAAGAGCCCAACACCGAGCGGCAUCGCGCAGAUGCGCUUGUCCGACCGAGCAUCCACCGCUGACUCGAACCCUUCGCAUGCGAUGAAACACGAUGCGACCCCAGAUCCCAUGAAUCUGGAUGACUUCAUUAUCCCCUUCGAUUCUCCCGAACACUCCUCCCAUCCGCCUGCCGAUAGAAACUUUACUGCGACGCCCACAGGGAUCCCUAUCAAAUCCCGCAAGGAUCAUGCCAUGAUGGACCCAUCGGUCGCCGCCUCGUUCCCCCACCCUCCCCAGGAGCAGCGAACCAAUUCCGAAUUUGGAUACGUCCCCCGCCGGGUCCGCAAGACAAGCGUCGACGAGCGCCAGUUCUUCGCUGGUUUGUCGGCACCGACCCGAAAGCGCCCCGCAGAAGCCUCCCCCCAUGUUCCUCCGGUGUCCAAUGCCAUGAUGUCGCAGCACUCGGAACUGUCAGCCGCGCUUCCCGACUACUCGCUCGAUCAACCCUCGCCCUUUGCCGUUCCUAGCAACGGCACAUUGGGCUCGCGCAGGCACCAGCAUACGUCUUCUGGCCUGCCCUACGGCCUGGACACCUUUGGCAUUGGCGAAGACCACGGCAUCAAUUCGGCCGGUCCCUAUCAGCAGCACUUUACAUUCUCGCCUUCAGAGUCCCCCAUGACCUCAGGCAAUCCAUUUUCGAACCUGUAUGCUCACACGCCACUCGCCUCGUCACUCAACUCGACCGAAUUCUUCUCACCCCCGCCUUCUGGGUAUCAGUCUGCCGUGUCAACCCCGCAGCCCAUUUAUGAAGGGGAGCAGUCGAUGUUCUUCUCCGAUGCGCCCUCGGCUGAAUCUCACAACCAGCGCCGCAUCCCCAACUACCUUCAGCAACGAUCGUCCAACUUGUCGGCGUCGCUGCAGCCUCGCUAUAUGUACAAUGUGUCCAGUGGCGAGUCGCAGCCAGGCAGUGGAGUCACUGGACCAUCGGCUCCAUCGCACGUGUCUGGAUUCUCCGUGCCGCAACCGCAGCAUGUCAACCCGUCCCAGGUGCUUGGUUCUGGUGAGUAUUCUACGACCGCGCCCGCUAGCAGCAUGUUCACUUUCGGUGGGGACUCGGACAACGAGGACGACGAUGGUAACUUUGAACGAGGGGGUAUCGCUAUGCCCAAUGACUUCGCCUCUAUGGAUGAGUCUGGCGAUAUGAACGGUGGUCUCCAAUGGGAUGGAGGAUUCCCUGGAUCAGUCCAGUCCCUGCCAGGCUUUAGUGCUCAGCACCGCAAGCAUGUUACGAUCGGCUCCACUGAUAUGAUCGAUGGACCUCCCGAGUGGCAUCAGGGAAGCACCCUUGGCCGCGGGCACGGAUCUGCCGCUUCGGUGAGCGAUGUGCGCAACCGAGACCAGGAUCCUCGUCGUUACGGCAAGGUCCCGCGGAUCUCGUCGACUCCCAACGCUGCUGCACUGCUUCGUCAAAGCUUGAAUGGCUCAAGCAGCGGUCCCCCGACAAACCACCCCUCUCCCAACACCCCUCCUGAGUCUGGCCUCAGCAGUGCUGUACCGUCGCGACCAGCCAGCCCCGGUGGGUCGAAGAACGGCGACCCGAAUGCCGGACCGACCACCUGCACCAACUGUUUCACCCAGACCACCCCUCUCUGGAGACGCAACCCCGAGGGCCAGCCGCUUUGCAAUGCCUGUGGCUUGUUCUUGAAACUUCACGGUGUCGUGCGGCCGCUCUCGCUAAAGACGGAUGUUAUCAAAAAGCGCAACCGUAGCAGUGCGAACACUCUUACUGUUGGCACUUCUCGGUCGUCCAAGAAGUCUUCACGCAAGAACUCAAUCCAACAUGCUCCGUCUUCGUCGAUUACAUCGCGCGUCAACACCUCCGAGUCGCCACCAUCCAUGUCCGGAUCGAGCGGAAUGGGGAAACCCGGUGUUGUGCCUAUUGCCGCUGCUCCACCCAAGUCUGGCCCCAUUGCUGGGGUGGCCCAAGCCCGUGCUGGCGUGCAGGUGGCUCCCAGACGGCAACGCCGACUCGAAAAGGCGCCGACCGGGUCAGAACCGGAUGCAGAAGAAAGUCCAAAGUCGACUGCGCCUGCCAGCCGAUCCAAGGUCGUGCCUUUGGCCCCUGCGAUGGCCCCUGCUGCCGCCAACCCGGCCAACCACAGUAUUGCUGGCGGGCAGGGUGCAAGCCAGGAGUGGGAGUGGCUGACAAUGAGUCUGUAG